AUGUGGGACCUCGGCGAUGAACUAUUACAGCAAGCUCCGGCGAAUGACCUCGAGGAUGUUUCCACACCUUGUACCGGUAAUGCCAUGUCUCUCUCAUCUAAAGGACAUUAUAUUGACAAGGCAUGGGGCAAGGACCGAUACCGAGAGCUCAUGAGAGUCGCCCGACAGUGGAGGCAGUUGAAGACGAUGAAAUGGCAUGGCUUCGGCCAUUGUUCCGACAGCCCGAAUGCAGGAGAUCUCGCAUUAUUUUGCCCGGCAUGUCCUCAGCCUGGGAUUAAUGUGUCCUUCUCAGGGGAUGAAUCACUUGAUGAGUGGAAAUACACCCGGUCAUUUGUUAUGGAUGGAAAUUUCAAAGCUGAACACCUGCAUCCCAUGAACGCCAUUGAUGAAGUUUGGCUGUCAGAUGGGUUGGGAUUCAUGGUGGGAAAGGACAGACAAAUGAACAUGGACUAUGCCCUUUGUGAGGCUGCCCGGCACAACAUGGAAGGCAUCACCAGGGCGGUCACCUUCUAUGAUAUCAACUGUCAAUACAACAAGCACUUUCGGGACAGCUGCUAUGUCCGAUAUGCGUCGAAUUUUAUCGAAGGCAUCGGUCGGAUUGAUGGAGAGAUCAUGGAGACCCUAUGGUCACAUCUCAACCUGAUUUCCCCUGCUGCUCGGGGAAUGUCAUCCCCGCAUCGAAAGGAAUGUCUCGAUUAUCAGAUGAAUGAUUCCAAUUUCUGCAAGAUGAUCCGCAUGAAAAGGACCCUUUGCCAAAAAUACAAGCAGGCGAAGAAUGGCAUUGCCGAAAGUGAAAAGGCUUUCGACAUACUCAAUGAAGCAGCACCCGGCGAUUCAAAGACAGAGUGGCUAGCCAGCGAGAGGAUUGCUCAGUCUAGCAGAAUAAAUAAUCCUGCGGCUAUGGAUGUAUAUGAGAUUAAUAUCAAGAAGGCACCGAGCAAAAAGGAGAUCGAGCUUAGGCUACUAGAGGAGGGUAAUGCCCGAAAUGCAGCACCUGCUCGCAGGUCUGUGGCGACAUGGAUAUCAAUGGGGUUGGCGAUUGAAGAGGCUCAAAUUGCAUUGCUCAUUGAGACAUCGCCCGGUCAACGCGAUCGUCUCCAAGGCCAGAUAGAUGGAUUCACUCGGUCUGCUAUUACGCAUCUUGGAGAGGGAUUUGAUGCAGAUGAAGAUCCUGAAGACUUGUACUUGGACAUUCUUGAUGAUCUCGAUGAUGACUUGGCAGACUUCACCGAGACAUCUGACACAUGGGCAAACUCCCCUGAGCUCACUAUCGAUGCAGACACUGUAUGGCAGACUGAUCUCAUUCCGCUGGAGAUGUCUCUUCGUGAAGGGCAGGCCAAUGACUUCCUUCACAACCUCCGAAUUCACUUGUGCAACAAGGCGAUUCUGUUUCGAACAACAGUUAGGCAAGCCAAAUCCCAGGCCCUGAAAACUCGAGCUUGGUCCCAGGUGACGUCGGUGCAGCAGGAAGUGUCCCUCCAUGCCAGUAUAUAUACGAAGACGAGGAAGCAAAUGAUGCAACUGGAGCCAGGGCAAGACCAGGUUCAGAAAUACAAACCCCUGCUUCAAGAGCAACUCAAAAUCAGCACUGCCGUCGGCAAUCCAAAUGCCCGAGGUCAGCGAAACGAGUCCCUCGCUUGGUUCUGGUCAGUCGAAGUCGACCUUGGGGGUCCCGAUCACUCAUGGAAUGAGGAAUUUUACCGAGUUCAUUGGCUCCGGGCAAAGGCACUACGGGAUCAAUGGAAGGAAGAAAUGAUGUUGGUCCAAUUGGAGAUGGAUUGGACAUGUAACUUUUUUUUGUGGAAAGCAACCCAAUGGGGUGACAGGAUGCGCGAAUCAUUGGUGAAACACCUUCCAGGUCAUGCAUGCUACUCGGGAAGGCAAUCCCAAAUGUAUUCAUUGCUGGCACAGGAUGCCCAGGCAGCAUUUCAAGACCUGAAGACCGGCUACUUUGACCCAAACAUUUUAGUCCCGGGAAUUGGCCGGCUUCAUAAUCCUGCAUUAACCAUGUCUGUAUUGCAUACUCCCCCAACAUCCCCUUCUAAUUCUCAGACUUCCGGCAAUGGGUUCCGACCCCUCACACUCACUCAGGCAGAUAUUGCAGCUACAAUGUCAAUGGCUGCAUCUCGCAUCCGAGCGUCCAUCUCUCAAUAUCAGAUGGAGGCUGCCCACACCCAGGAGCCUUCUGCUACUUGGAUCACACACUUUAAAGCCGGGCUGCAAUGGGAGAUAGCUACUUUUGUGACUCCCAUCCUGCAGUACUCAGCUGCAAGGAACAUCAUUUCGGUUGUUCUGAGCCCGGUUGCUCAUAUUCUUCAGUUGAUUCCCGAGCUCACCUGGAACAUGGUUCUGGACCACAUCUUUUCAUCCCACCUAUGCCAGUUUCAAGACGUUGCAGAUCUGGGGGAUCCCUCCCACAUUGUAUCCACCUAUGGUACUCCAUGGUGGACCGGAUCAACUGCCAUCCCGAACGAAUUAUGGCCAUGGGAUCAGGUAUUUGCUAAUUGUGUCUGUCACUACCAGCAUUGGCUAUCUGGUGUUGAGGAUGAACGUCUUGUUGUUCCCGAGCAGGUGGAUGAAAGCUCGCUUGCAACGCUGAAGGCACUGAGGUGGAUGAGGGAACGCCUCCUGACAGUGAUUGAGGAUCAACAAGCUGGCAUCCGUGAAAAGAUGGCAGAGAUUCAGAUGUACACCACCGUCCUAACCAAUGAGAAGGCUGUGGAAGGUCGCUAUCGAGUGGGGACAAUGAGCUUGACAGUACAAACCAUCAGGCUCGGGGAACAAUUGCACCCAAGGGGACCAGAGUAG